AUGGACAGAGGGCUCACACAUGGAAAGACACAUUCACAGUUGAAAAAUGAAGAGGAGGAACCACCUUCACCAACACAAGCUCAUGGGGUCAAGCUGUGGGACCCCGCAGAGUCUGACACAGAGAGCCUGGCCCAGGAGAGGGCCUACCAGCAGCAGCUGCACAGGCGUAUAGGAUGCUAUGAUCAAAUUAACAGCAAACCACCCCAAGAGGAGAAUGCUGACAACUUACAGCAGGGGGAUUGGCAAGAUAAUGAUGCAGAUGAAGAUGGGGAAGAGGAUCUCCAGGUGUAUGAUAGCUUAGAAGUGGCAGCGCACUCGUUUGUCAAGAGGAACUCCACACCAUUCCCCGCUGAAGCUCCGGAUGCACAUCAGCAGAUGAAAGAAAGAGAAGGGUCAAGACAGGUGCCCUCUGAUGACGUCUAUUCAGAUCUGCGCUACGACCCCAACUGGAGGACCAAUCUGAAGGGAGCUUGCCGCUUCAAUGAGAGUCUACGGCUCUCUGUUGAAGAAGAACCCCAAAACUUUGAUAACAAAUCUGAGCAGAAACAUCAGGAACUGGCCAUAAAAGGAGGUUACACGUAUGUUGUUGCCAGAAGUUCGGCCGUUGUGGAGACUGUACAUAUGACUGGUGAGGAGUCUGAACAGCCAUACCACCUGCACCCACAACAUGAGCAAGCCAGCCAAGAUGUGUCAUUAACAUCGGGCGGUCCAGGUCCAAGCAUUUCCUCUGAGACUACACAGCAGGAAUCUAAAGUCAAAGAUGAGAAGAGCCAAGACUAUGUUGGUGAAAACCCUGACAGCUCUCCCAAGUCGACGGAGCACUUUGAGGAACUGCAAAAGGGCAUGUUUAAAUUAAAGAGCUCUAAGAGCGUACCUAACAAACAGCUCGGCAAACUGAGAGAGGACAUUGUGGAGCGCAACAAAAUCACCCUAGGGCGUAACAUAGCCAAACGUGGCUCCUAUCUGAAGGCACAUGUUCUGAAGCGGGAAACGCCUACUUCUGUGAAUGAGGUGUGUGAAACUCAAGACGAAAUGACCAUUGCUGAGAAUCUAGAGGUCAUUUCAGACCUGGAGGUGAGAUGGCUCCAGAAAACACAACAGCUGAAAGUCAUGCAGAUCUCCAAAGGGAAGAAAGCCCGACGGAAAGAAAACCACAAUCCUUUGCAGCAGCAGCGACCUCCUGCCCCAGGGGUCAAAGCCGAGCGGGGGGACUGUCUGAGCCCCCCUUCAGCUGGACCAGCCACCAAGACCCAGCCAGACCCCCAAAGGACUCCAUGGCAGCCUCCACCAUCCACCGCAGUCCAUCCACCUCCACAGUCCAUCCACCUCAACAUCAAUGUCAACACUUCGAGCGGCCUCCCUCCCUUUGUGCAGCAGAAGGGCCAGGACGCCAUCAUCACCUUAGCGUCCCUUCAUGGCCCUCGUCACUGGAGCCCCGGAUCUGACGCUCACUACAUCAACUUACCAUUUACCCAGGAUCCCUGUGUCCCACAACUGUCUCUCCAUGAUGGUCGAUUCCAAAGGGUCAUGGUUCCCAAGCAUGCUUUUCCCUCGCCCAUCCGUGACCAAGGGUCAACUGCACCAAAAUGUCUGUUAAUCUGUGAGGAGGAGAACCCAAAUCAACUUCCAAAUGAGGAUCAAGUUAACCAGUUUCCAGAAGACAGCCCCAGGCCGCCCUCCACCACUCAGUCCCAGCACUCAGGCUACUACACUGUGCUGCCUCCUAUAGGCAAACCUUUGACAGGACAAGAGCCUGAGCUGAGACCUGGGCAGUGUGUGCAGACGUCCGGCCCCAUCCACAGAAGCAGCUCUGACGGCUACCUGGCACAGAUGGAUAAACAGAAGCAGCUGAGGGAGAAAAUCUCUUACAAGGCUUAUACUCUGAAAGACUACAAGCAGCUGAAACAUGACGUGCAUCUGCGAGGUCUGGGUCCCGACUACACAGCCAUUGAUAAGACAAAAAUGAGACGGCAGAAGCUGUAUUCAAAUGCCGUCCGCGAGCAGAACAAAAACAUGAGUAGGAUUCCCUUUUUACCAGCCAAGGACCCGGAAGGCAGUGACAAGACAGUUCCCAGGACGAAGGCUUUGGAAUAUGCCAAGACUAUAGCAAAGCCCCCAGCACAUCCACAACCUAAGCCAAAACCAAGACAAACAGACCAAUCUGAAGGCAUCGAUGCUCUUGUCCUGAAGGGCUUGGAUCUUUCCCAACUUGUCAUGCUGGAGCGCCUGAAAAAACGCCACGAAGCAGAGAAACAGGCCGUGGCCAGCCUCAGCAAGGUGCAGGCUCUCUGAGGCAAAGCGCGGCGCACUUAAACUGUCAGGCAGUCGAAUCCCAGGGAGUCCAGGAAGUCCAUAUUUCCAUCCAUUCUGUCCAUAUUUGCAUUGUAGGAUACAAGAUGCUCCACACGUAGGACCUUAUUACGUCAUUAAAGGUGCUAGUUGUAGCAUUUUAGCAUCAACAAAUCAUUGCUACAUGAAUUAUGAAGCAUGAAUACAAUUACUGUGAGCAAAUGAGACCAUCACCAAGGCGACUGGCAGCCUCUGUCAGCCUCUGCGCUGCACUGUAUUUUGUAAGCCACUGGGUCAGAUUUGGCGCUGCUGUAUUGCUUUACGGCACAAAACAGGAAGAGGGCGCUGUUCCUUCAGCACUAAUGGAGCACUCAGAGUUUCCGGUGAUGGCAUUUGUGUGUGAGAAAGAUACAAAUAUCUCAAAUACGAUAUAUAUUUAUUUUUUUAUACUAGCACUAACAGUACCACUGGAAUGGGAUAGAGGCCACAGUCAUCUUUAAAAUGGUUUCAUUUGUUCAAGGUAAUUCAAGGAAUCAUAAAUUUGACAGUGACAUUUUGAUCUUGAAAAGAAUACACAUGCCACUUUUCAAAACAAUGCAAAGUAUAAAUCUUCACUGUUAAUACUUCCCCCUUUAUUGACGUCAGCUUCUGUAAGUUUGUUUAAUAAUGCAGUCUAUAUGUAAUGACAAUAUUAUCUGUGUCACAACUCGUAGAGAAAUUAGUUUUGUUAAUGCUUUUGCCAAGAAAAGCAAGUGGUGUUGAUUGGCUCUUUUAUGGUAUUUAGUGUGUUCACUAUGGCUAAACCUGAUCAUAUUCGGCCAUGCUGAUAGUUCAUAUUGCACUUGAUUCAUGUCGAAGCACACGACCAGUCUUAGGUCAGUGGACCUGCUUCACACACAUCAGGUUUAGCUGUCGGACAGUGAUUCAUCAAUUUGCUGUUGGAAUGGCAGUUCCUGUGACAUGUCAGGUCCUUCCCUGUCACAGGAACAGCACUUCUCUGGGACUAUUCUUCUCCAAAAUGAAUGAAGUGUACCUGACCCAGCGAAUAGCACGAUGUGAAGCACGAUCCACAGCUGAGAAAAUGUUUCGAAGAAUGCACAACACUAGGCAUUUGUUUGAGAUUCAUUAUCGAUGCUCUGUUCCAACCCUCUUGCUCGCCAACUGGUGGCACUACUUUGUUUCUGUAUCACUACGCAACAGCUUCAUGUAUCAGUUGUAUAAACAAACAUGCAGCAGCAAGGGGAGCUGUUGUGAAGUGAUGCAGAGUCUAAGUAGUUUCACCAGUUGAAAAGAGCGUCAGGAAUGAAACCCAAGUGAAGUUUGUUGUGCAUCCUUCAAAACAUCAACAAUUCAAAAUCAUUUUGUUCACUGGGCCAGAUCCACUCCAUUCCUUUUGGAGAAGAUCAGUCCUGGUAAAGCGUUCAUUCUCACGACAGGGAAGGACCUGAGCGUUCAAACUUGGAAGAGCAGCUACACUCAUAUGGAGCUGCACAAACCAGAUAAUCACACUGGAAUAAAUCACUUAGCAUCCAAUAUAUUUGCAGUUAUAGAAAAGAAUACGAAUACAAGUGACUGCUAAAUGAUAAAGACGUGAUGUCAUUUGGAGUUUAGAUAUUUCCGCGGAGCAACAUGCAUCAAGUGUUUCUAAUCUGCUAAGAAAGAAUGGCGACAUCUGAACACUUUGCACUGUGGGAUGAAUAGUGCAGGCAAAUCUCGGCCACUGGAUCCAACUUGUUUUAGGCGCUUCUCUUUUUCUGAACAAUCAAUGUCGUGGUAUGCAGCUACUGUCGCUCCAUCCGACAAAUCAAGGAUACCUGCUGUUUUGCACACAGUGCCUUAUAUCCUGAUCAUGGGAAAAUAAAUAGACACUUAUAGCAAUGCAGGAUUUGUUGCAUUAAAGUACCAGACUGUUGUCUCUAUAUUUGCCUAAAUGAUGUAUAGAUAAUUUAUUUAAGCUGUGUUGCGAGGACUUUGUGCUAUCAAGGAAGAGACAAGCACUGAGGACUAACUAGCAUUAAUAGAGCUAAUUGGUUUUAAUAUGGCGACAAUGACAUGGAAUCCCCAACAGCACCAAGCCUGUUUCUUUUCCAUUAAACAAUCCACAUAGAAUCAUCCCUCUAGGCUUGGCCAAGGUUUUGUUGCUGUAUUCUCAUGUAGGCGACAGAUAAUUUACACAUUGUCAUCUUAGCCACAUUUUCAAUUUGUCCAUUCAUCCCGUUACCCUGUUAACCCAGAAUAAUGCACACACUCUUUGUUGUGGGACUGAUUGUUACCUUCCUCCAUUUGUGUGGUGUACAGCUUUAAAAAAAAUGGUUGAAUGGAGAUGACACUUUGAAGCUCACCUGAUUCGGUCCUACUUUAUAGCCAUGGUCUAAAGUGGUAACUCCUCCCUGACACAAAACGCUCUUAAGCAGCUAAUUUUACUAAUAGAACCUUCAGAUCAUUAUCAAAGCACUAUUUACCUCUGUGCAAUAUUUUAAUUAGAUUAUAGUCUCUAUUUAACCCAUCAUGGGCUCUUUGAAGCUCUGUGUUUUUAGUGUUAAGUCCUCAGAUGCGUGGAGGGAAAUAAAUGAUAGACCCCUUUUUGAUUUAAUGAGAAACGCUGUCUAUCCAGACCGAGUCUCUUUACAUCUAUUUUUUUUUUUUUUUUUUUUGGGAGGGGGUACCACCUACUCGUUUUUUGCCAUUGAAAUCCAGUUAAUUGAAGGAGUCUUUCACUGCUAUACAUGAAGGAGGCCAAAUUAGCAUCCCUUUCUGCCCAUUGGAAAGCUACGGCAGACGUGGGUGCUUUGAUGUGAGAAGCACGCUUUCAGUAGGCGGCAGGCUUCCUGAAAAUGAGCUGAUGGCCCUGCUAUUAGGCCCAAAUGCAGAUGCGUCCAUGUGUUGCAAACCGCUUAAUCUUUUAAUUGAUCACCUUCUGCAUGGCCUAUUCUCCGCAUUUUUUCCCCCCCUGCUCCCUGUUAAUCAGAAUCACAUUUUGAAAAUGACAUGAAUUGCUUUUCAAAGGGCAGGGAAGCACGGCGAAUCCUGUACGGGAGAGAAAAGAGGCUUGCACAUUAAUGUACAAAUGCACCCUCAGAGAUGCAGCUCCUUGUGCGCCGUAAAAUGAUUUAAUAAAACUAACGCUCGCUUGUUACAGAUUGAGAUGUGAGUGUGGGUGUAGAGCUUACAUAUGUUUUAAAAGGACCUUGUGUCCACAUUAACCGUCAGAUAAUCAACUGUUUGUUCUCCUGACUGCACCCACGGCGCGUUUCUCAAUCUGCAACGACAUUUCAAAUCUACAGGCUUACAUCAACUUUAGUCUGUGGACCAGAGGGACAAAUUUAACUUAUGAGGGCCACUGGGGCUCAUAUGUUAAUCCAUAUGAUAAUUAUUUAAUGUGAUAUAUCAUGCCAAAACAGUAGGAAAGCAAAUAAUGCUUUUGAACCAAUUAAUUGUUGACAAAAAAAUCAUAAUUUAACACAUAUUUACAUACUGACAUUGUACUGCUGUGUUCAAACACCCUUAAAGUGAGAGUGGUGUUUUCAUAUAGCAUUGUAAAGCUUUACAUGAAAUAACUGGAACUGAAUGCCUGAUACAGGCGUGUGAACAGACAAUGACCAAAGCAUUUUCAGAUAAACCGAGCCAUAAAAUUUAAUAACUCAACACACCAACUUAUGAAAUCAUUUAGAACAAAUCCUUGAGAAAAUGAAGUAAAGCACACAACACAAUGCAAAAACAUGACUAAAAUACUGGAUUUUUUCCCCCAGUCCUUUUUCUCCAGUUUAGAAAUUCCCAGUAAAUGCUCAUAGUUACUUCCAGACUGUAGCUCAAAUAUUAUAAUUUUAAUUAAAUGUAUUUACUGUGCUAUACCACUGUAAACUGAAUUGUCUUAAACUUUUCUGGUGAUUUGGCUCCAUGCUGUACAAUAAACCCUUUGCUGCAUUUGUGA